AUGGGUCCACACCGGGACAAUGAUAGCGCUUCAAUGGAGGCCCCUCAUGGCGAGCCAGGGCUGGCCGGCGACGGGUCCAAGGACACGCCCGUCCUCCCGGCCUACUCCACCAUCGCGCUGGAGGAGGAGGAGGAGGCCGUGGACCCCUGGAGCCUACCGGAGCUCCAGGACACGGGAGUGAAGUGGGCAGAGCUGGAUGGGAGGGGGAAGGUGUUGCGUGUGGUGACGUCGUUGGGGAAGUUCGCCCUGCUGGUGGGGUUCCUCUACAUGUUCGUCUGCUCUCUGGACGUGUUGAGCUCGGCCUUCCAGCUGGUGGGAGGGAAGGCUGCGGGGGACAUCUUCCAGGACAACGCGGUGCUGUCCAACCCGGUGGCAGGGCUGGUGAUCGGCGUGAUGGUGACCGUGCUCGUGCAGAGCUCCAGCACAUCAUCCUCCAUCAUCGUCAGCAUGGUGUCGUCAGGACUACUGGAGGUCCAGUCUGCUGUGCCGAUCAUCAUGGGGGCAAACAUUGGCACGUCUGUGACCAACACCAUCGUGGCCAUGAUGCAGGCAGGGGACAGGAACGAAUUCCGCAGGGCGUUUGGCGGGGCCACGGUGCAUGACUUCUUUAACUGGCUGUCGGUGCUGGUGCUGCUGCCCCUGGAGGUGGCCACGGGCGUCCUAUACAAGCUCACCAAGGUGAUGAUCGACUCCUUCCAGAUCGAGUCGGGCGAGAACGCCCCGGACCUGCUGAACGUCAUCACCGACCCCCUGACCGACUCCAUCAUCCAGCUUGACAAAUCCGUGAUCAACCAAAUCGCCACGGGCGACCCGGAAGCCAGGAACAAGAGCCUCAUCAAAAUCUGGUGCAAAACUGAAACGAACCUGGUUCUGAAGAACGUUACAGUGCCGGGGCCAGAGAACUGCACCAGUGCUGCCCUCUGCUGGGUGGAGGGAAACGUGACGUGGACGCUGAAGAAUGUGUCCGUGACCGAAAACCUGGAGAAGUGCCAGCACAUCUUUGUGAACGCGAGCCUGCCGGACCUGGCUGUGGGCCUGAUCCUGCUGGCCCUGUCCCUGCUGGUGCUCUGCACCUGCCUCAUCCUCAUCGUCAAGCUGCUCAACUCCAUGCUGCAGGGCCAGGUGGCCGUGGUCAUCAAGAAGAUCCUCAACACAGAUUUCCCCUUCCCCUUCGGCUGGGUGACGGGAUACCUGGCCAUCUUGGUGGGCGCGGGAAUGACUUUCAUCGUCCAGAGCAGCUCAGUGUUCACUUCUGCCAUCACGCCACUCGUGGGUAUCGGGGUGAUCAGCAUCGAGAGAGCGUACCCCCUCACUCUGGGCUCCAACAUCGGCACCACCACCACCGCCAUCCUGGCCGCCAUGGCCAGCCCUGGAGAGACGCUCGCCAACUCCCUGCAGAUCGCUCUGUGCCAUUUCUUCUUCAACAUCGCGGGGAUCCUGCUGUGGUACCCGAUCCCCUUCACCCGAGUGCCCAUCCGCCUGGCCAAGGCGCUGGGCAACAAAACCGCCAACUACCGCUGGUUCGCGGUGCUGUACCUGGUGCUGUGCUUCCUGGUGAUGCCGCUGACGGUGUUCGGGCUGUCUCUGGCCGGCUGGCAGGUCCUGGUGGCCGUGGGCGUGCCGGUGGUGGCCCUGGUGGUGGCCGUCGUCGUCAUCAACACCAUGCAGGCGCGCUGGCCCCGGCUGCUUCCCGCCGUGCUGCGCUCCUGGGACUUCCUGCCGCGCUGGAUGCACUCGCUGGCGCCCAUGGACCGCGUGGUGACGGCCGCGAUGGCCUGCUGCGCCCGGCGCUGCUGCUGCUGCUGCAAGUGCGCCCGGGCCUCCGGGCAGGAGGAGGAGGAGGAGGAGGAGAAGAAGAAGGCCCGGCCGCUGGAGAUGUACGACAACCCCGGCCUGACGCGCGACGGAGACGCCGAGGAGGGGAGAGUGGGAGACGCCAAGGCCACCAAGAUGUAG